AUGAUGUGCAGUAGCAAGAGUUUGCUCCUGGCUGCUUUGAUGUCACUGCUGCUACUCCACCUCUGCAGCAAGUCAGAAGCAGCAAGCAACUUUGACUGCUGCCUCCAAUAUACAGAAAAAAUCCUUCAUCCCAAAUUUAUCGUGGGGUUCACACAGCAGCUGGCCAAUGAAGCUUGUGACAUCAAUGCAGUCAUCUUAUACACAAAGAGAAGAUUAGCUGUGUGUGCAGAUCCAAAGAAGAGUUGGGUGAAACAUGUAGUGCAUAUCCUCAGUCAAAGAGUCAAGAAGGUGUAA